CGCGCCGCGAGCACGCCUUGUAAUGCUCACAGUAUUUUGACGCGACAUGGCCUCGUCUGCGAGCGGCAACAUCGUCGUCGAGUGGUUGCGAUCGCUCCACUUGGGCCAAUACGCGGAAAGUUUUAUUGAUAACGGAUAUGAUGACUUAGAAAUAUGCAAACAAGUAGGAGAACCAGAUUUGGAUGCUAUUGGCGUCCUCAACCCUGCUCAUCGUCAGCGAUUGCUUCAUUCAGUCAGAUCUUUGAGAGAGGAAGGAGCGGCGGCUGUUUAUUUUACUUUGGAAGAGGCAGCCGCCGCUCGGGACUCUUGUAGAUGUGAGGAAGAAGCAAGAAAAGAGCAGGCUACAGCAGCAGUGGAACCAGCAAAAUACGUUGACGAAUAUGAGGAAGGGAAAGCAGAGUUAGUGAAGAUACCUCGGAUGCAACUGAAGCGUUUACUUCGAGAACGCCUUGCACAGGACGGGAUUCGUCUGAGUCUGCAGCCAUAUUCCACCACGGAUGGCGACCGAGGCUACCUGGAAGGUUUGGCUUCACGGUACGCGGACCUUUUCUCAACACACUAUGGAGACGUUCUAGACCACCUUGAAGAACUGAGGAGACACGAAUGGGACGAGAUGUCACCCAGAAUGAGGGUGCUUGGAGGCCCUGGAACACCUCAAACUCCACCUUCGGCAAGUCCUGGUUCCCUAGCUUUGAAUAACUUGACCACGUCGCAUUCGCAGCCCAUUUAUGUGCCUGGAAAAUAUUCGCCCUCAAGCUGCCUCACAGAGAAAGAAGAGGACGAAAUAUACGGGUUCGGGUACGGCGUGUUUGGCAAACAAAUGCUGCAACGGCAACAGCAACAAAAACAACUCUUGUUGGCGCAACCGACACAACCACUCAUGCACAAUACGCAGCACAACUACCAAAGCUGCCUGAGUCCACGGUCUGCGUAUUUCUACGAAUUCCCGCCAAGCGGCAUUGUUGUUGUAGAUAACUGCCUGGGCACAGCCAAGAAGAAAGUGACUACAUUUUCAAGGUUACUACGAGGACUGAAGUCUCAUAGGAAAGAGAAGCACGGCUCAUGUUCGCCGAAACAUGCGCAUAGUCCAAGACAAGUACUGCCUCCACAGCGGGUGGAUACACCGGACAGCGUGCUACAAAGUGGCCUUGGCCUAGGGCCUGGGCCCGACACGGCUCUUAGGUCAAUGGUUGACCCGAGAGACUAUGACCGCCUCCGCUUCUUUCAAAUGAGUGCCGCCCAACCAAACACCUUCGAAGAAACUAUCCAUAGGUUAAAAGUUCAAGAAGCUAUGAAGAAAAAAGACAAACUUGCAAGAGAACAGGAAGAGAUCCUAAGAGAUAUAAGACAUGGUCUUAUGAACAUGGGCAGAGAUGGUGUGCGUGGACCCUUCGGAGACGACACAUACAUGUAUGACGACGAAGCAAGAGGCCUCUCGGGAAGAGGACAUUGGUACGACGAACCACCGUACGAGAGUGACCCCGAAGAUUUUCUAAUGGGAGGAGGAGCACCAGCGGCGUCAUUUCAAAAUGGUCGAGUUUGCUUUACUCUGAAUCUCAGAAAUGAACCGAGAGGCGAAGGCGUGAUAUCUUUAAGAAGCGCCGGCGAUAUAAGUUUAGCGAGAACCCCUCGGAGGGGAUUAAUUAUUCCGCAGAGUGGCCCCUACCCAACCACCGUUAUCCCUUUGCGAACGGCGAGAGAUCGGGAGAGUGGGGAUUACGCCGCGUCUGAUAUCCAAUCUAUAGGAUCAAGACUAUCUGGCAUCUCUUUAGAGUCAAACCGAUCAGAACGAGACUCCAGAAGGGGCUACCGACAAAUGUCAGGCUAUCGGAUAGGUGCUGAUCCUUUAUCGCCAGCGUCCUCUGACUACGAAGACCAGGAAAGCGAAACUGAUUCGCAGCAUAUAGCAACUGUACAUAAGUCCGCUGAAGAAUGUGAAGGAGUUUCGAACUUGGCUGGAAAAGUGAGAGGUCUUAGACAAGAUGUCCAAAGAAAAAUUUCAAGGUUAAGACAAGAGAGGGGCCCUGAAGGCAGUGACAGGCGGACGAGCGGUGACCAAGCGUUCCCAUGUUCUAAUAGUUCUUUCGAAAGUCUUCCCAGCGGAUCAGGCAGUAGCACACAAGCAUUGGUUCGCGCCGGUAGUAAUCACUCAUCUCUCUCGGCAGAAGAAAACAUAGAAUUAAGUCCAGCCGGGCGGAGUUUACUCGUGCCGCAAAUGCUGUGUCGAGCUCGGGCCCUCGUCGAUUACGUACCCAAUAUUUAUGAGAAAGAUGCCCUGAGAUACAAGAAAGGAGACAUCAUAGAAGUGAUAAAUAUGAAUGCGUCCGGCAUAUGGCGAGGCGUGUUGAACAAUAAAGUUGGAAACUUCAAGUUUGCCCACGUCGAAGUUUUAUCUGAACGGGAUACGGUGCGUUCAAGAUCGUCAAAAUGGUGCAAAAGUCGCGAAAGGCUUUGGGAAACUCGACCACGCACAGUAGAAGAAUUGCUAAGACGAAUAGAUUUGUUAGAGUACGCUGUAGCCUUUGCAAGAAAUGGUUAUGAGGACAUUGAACUAUUUAAAGAGAUUGAACCAUCGGACUUAGACUAUUUGGGAAUAAUGACUCCUGAACAUCGUACACGUAUCCUUGCUGCUGUACAACUUCUCCACCAGCUUGAAUGUGGCGAAGGCGAAGCAGAAGCUGACGGAGGCGGCUCAAGCUCCGAAGGUGGUGACUCUCCCUUUGGUAGAAGACAAUUUCCCCGCGACUCGGGGUGUUACGAAGCCAGCGUAGGAGUUGGAGGUGUUCGAGUUCGAACUUCACCGUUAGUUCAUAGGGCUGAUGAACCUUCACAUAGGCCCCCAGAACCAGCACCGCAAGCUAAGAGGUCCAUUCGUCGACGACAACCAGAUGAUGCUGAAUGUGAUAGAAUUGAACGCUAUCCAGGCACAGGCACAGAGCGCACUACUGUACGCAGUGGCGGUCUUCCUGGUGGUGCAAGAGAUGAUACUUGUGAAUCUGACCAUCGACUAAAUGUAGUCAAGUUUGUAGCUGGUGGGGAGCCGUGUGCUUCUGAGAAAAGUAGCGAUUCGGGGGUGAGUAGUUCGUCUUUAAGUUCCGCUCACCCCCACCGUCCCUGAGCGAGGCCUGCCGCGCCCGCGCUUGCCUAGGCGCUGGCGCGGGCGCGUGCGGAAGCCGCGCGGUCGCCCGCUCCCCCCGCCGACACUGAACCAUCAGCGCCGCCCGAACCUGAACCCGAGCAUGAAUAACCUGAACAAACCCUACUAACCUACCCAACGCAUUUAGCAUUUUUUUUAAAAUACUCAACACAAAAAUACUACAUAUGUACUAUUACGUCUUUUAAUUUAACUUGCUUACAGAUCGUUACUACAUUGUCACAAAUUUCAGAUGCAUUUUAGUAUUUAAAUCAACACAAAAUAAGACUGAAACUUUAUUUCUGCUUAUGAAUGAAUGGUGAAUUUUAUGGGCGGUGCAAUGAGAAAUUAGUGUGGGUAUCCCUAUGUUUGACUUUUGCAGAAGCAAUUAAGUGUCUGUAUUAGACGAUUGUCUUUAAACUAAUAUCAUGAUUUGACGUGUCGUACCCACAAACAUUCUUUGUGUAAGAACUUAUUACUUAAAGACUGACUUGAGUUUCAAAGCACUUGUGCGUGCUGUAAUUUUAUGAAACGAUUAACAGUUAUAAUGCAAUAAUGUAAAGAUUAUGAUAAUUCUUCUUCUUUUAUAUAUUCAAGUAAUAAUGUGAACAAAGAUAAAUUAAUCGAUGUUAAUAGAUUCAAUCGUAAAAUAGAGUUUGAGUACGGAAUAUUAUUAUGAAUUGUAGAUAUUUAUAUAGUUUGCUUGUUACGAUUUCACAUGCGGAUUUUGAAAUCGCUUUUUAUCAUUCCGUUAUAAAUUGAAAAGCAUAUCAUGGAUGGCAGCAAUUUAUUAUAUCUUUAGUUUGCUUUUAUUUUUUUACUCUGUUCAAAAUAUACAAUUAAGUUAUUGUAUUUUAUUAAAACUUUAUUGUUGCAAUUAUUCAAUUUACGAGACCUGCAUAUUUUAUUUCAUUUCGAUGUUUUCAAUAUUUUCGUCUCGUACAGUACAUAAAAUGUCCGGGUGAUGACCAUAUCGCCCAGUGCGAGAGUGAUAUUUUUAAGCAAAUAGUCUGUAUUUAAAUUUCUUCUUUUAUUUUGAACAGAGUAUUUGAGAAAGCAUUUUUGACUGUAUUUAGGCAUUAGUAGAGGAGGCAAUAUGCCAGUUUGUGUAAGAACUUGGGCGUUGGAAGCGCAACAUUCAAUAGCAAUAAUUGUAAAUACAAUAAUAGAUAGGUUAAUUAUUAUUAUAUAUGUUGAUAAAAAAGUUUUUUGUAAUUUUUUAAGAGAGCUUUAUGCGGUAUGCCGUAUGUACAGUUUAUGUAGUAAAUAGUGAAAUUUUGAAUUUCACCCCGCGAUCUUCCGUGUCAUGGUAAAGCAAUUUGACAUACUUUACGAUCUUCACACUUGUGACUGGGCUCUCGUAAAAUUGUAACUACUGUCAAACUAGAGACGAGAACAAAACAAUAUUAAGGUUUCACAUGGUACGUAACGCUGGGAACUGUCUCGCGACUACUCCUUAAACUAAUAUUACGUUUUUCCUAUUCAUAUGUGUCGUACAUACUAUGAUUUCCUUUUUAAUAUUGUUGGAUAAAGUGAAACUGUCGUCGAUGUUAGCUUAACAUAUUGAUGUCUGUUUGAAGCAGAAUAUUAUUUGUUUCUCAUCUCGUAGUUUCGAAUCCGAGUUUUAUUUCAAUGUGUGUACAAGUAGAGAUCAAAGGCGUUUAUAUGUGUAUUUUGACGUUUCCGUUAUCGUUUUGCUAUAGAUAUUUUCACUAGAAAAGUUUAAUAUAAUCAAUCUUUCCGCAGUAGUCUAUCACUACCACACUUUUGAAUUUAUGCCCUCUGUGGAUUACGAAAUGAUAACUUAAACGUCGAAAACGAUGACGAACUUGCAGAUAUAAUUUAAAACGACUUGAUUUUAUAAGCAAAAUUGUUUGUCCCAUUUAUUAAUUUUAAUGUGUGUUUAGUAAAUUUGGUAAGCAAUUAACACGAUUUCAAGCCAUAACGCCCAUCUUUUGUAAAAGCUCAGCCAUUCGUGUCAAAAUUGGACACUCCCGACUGCCCGUGGUGUUCCUCUUGUAAAUUUUGUAAAAAUUCUUACACACUUUUCGAAUACAAUCGUGAACUAGUCCGAACUAUUGAAUGUACAUAGUUAAAUGUUUGUUACUUGUAUAUUGUAGAUAGAAUAUAUUUCUUUUGACAAUUGUAUAUUCAAUAAAAUUAAUUCUUUAUUAAAGAUUCAAUGUUAAAAAAGAUAAUUUAUUUAUAAUCAAAAUUAUGUUAAUGCUCAGGUAGAUUUGAACUUAUCCAUAGGUUUUGUGGUUAUAGCGUUGUUUUAAGACUUGUGAUUAUAAUAAUUAAGCUGUAUAAUUCACUUUUUCCUUUUCAUUUCUGUUUGUCAUACAUCAUUAACUGUGCGUACUUUU